UAGCUGUAAACGCUCUGAUGAAGUUUUCCCAGGCGGCUGGCGUGAGCACACAAUCUACUAUAUCGGACAUGGACGGAAGAGAAGCCUCCCGCCUGUCGUGCCCUGGUGAGAAGUACGACGGGCGGCUAGUGUGCCUAAGGUCUUGGCUUCCAGGCAUCCUCCUCUCCCAGGUCAACAUGACCCCAGACCGUCUCUUCCGGUUUGGACAAUACGUCGCACAGUUCUCCUCCUCGUUGUUGAAAUCAACCGACAAACAUUGCCGAUUGCCUGUUGUCCAUUGUCCUUUUCAGAACUUCCGCCACCCGUUCUACCAAAAGUACAAGUUCACCUGGAGACUGGACAAUGUGUCUGACGUGUUGAACAAGCUCUGGACAGUGUCCGGCGAGACGCGGCGUGAACUGGUGCGAGCCGUGGUCAACGAGUUCGAGGACCAAGUUUUACCGCUGUGUGGUCAGUUCACGCGAGGUCAGAUCCACGGUGACCUCAACUUGUGUAACGUGCUGGUCAGCAGUGGUGGUCACUCCUUCCCCAGCUCGGACCGGGAGACGGACAACUCACCACUGGUCAUCUCAGGACUGCUGGACUUCCAAGACUCCCACAUCUCCUACACCGUGUUCGAACUGGCCGUGGCCCUGGCUCACGUCACACUGACCACACGCUCUCAGCUCGACCCUCUAGUCAUGCCAGCUCACGUGAUAGCCGGCUACCAGUCCCGUCAUGCCCUGAACUGGGCGGAGCUCCACGUCCUUCCUGUGUGUGUCGCGGCACGUUUGAGCCAGCUGCUCGUGUACGGAGAGUUCUACCACCACAAGGACCCGGACAACAACAGCGUCAGGGAAAACCCCGAGUUGAAGUGGCGCCUCCUACUGGAGAUUUGGAACAAACGGCAACAGCUGGAACUGUCGUGGGGGUCAUUAGGUCAAGGCUAGGAGACGGGAGUUUACAUUUCUGCUGACCAUGCAGUCUGUGACAGGAUAUCGUUAUGUCACGGUCAGAACAGUUAAUAUAGUAGCAUAAUGUUAUAAGUCAUUUGUUUCAGGUUAUUAGAUACUGAAUUAUUUGUAUUGUAAAGAUGCCUGGCACCUGUUUUGUACCCUCAACAUAGUAGUUUUGGGUCAUGUACUGAAAACCUGAUGCAGGCAUUUUCACUUUAGCUCAAGUCAUUAGAUUGACUAAACACUGUUUUUCUCUUAAAAACGUUUUCUCAGAAGAAAAAAAUGACGUAGGUCAUUGUGUAAAUUAUUGUUAUCACCGUUAUAAUAGUAGGCUGUCGAUUUAUACUGAUGAUAGUGCUGUCCUUGGUGAAAACAAAGAGGAUUUUUUUUCUAGACUAAAGAACAAUGCAAUGGGAUAGGAGUUGAAUCUCGUGAUUUACAACAGAGAUAUUGUCACCUCCACGUAUAUCCACUAUCUCUCUAUAUAUCUUAUAUUGUUUUAAAAUGAUGUUGCUCACGCUCAAAGUUGCAAAAUCCUUAACACUGAUGUUGAUAUCAGUGACAAAACAGUGAACAUUUAUUUUGUUUGCUCCUGGUGUCCCACUUGAUGACAAGAGAGUGACAAUUUUGUUUUCUUCUGAUGCUGACAACAGUAACGAAAAAAAAUGUUUGUUUUUAAUUAAUGUUACUCUUGGUGACAAAAAAGAACAUCUGGUUUGACUCAUGUUGAAUAAAAAUGACAAAAUAA